AUGCUCGGCAUCUGGCGCGCGCCCGCAUUUCGGUCGCCGCCUCCACAUUUAGAGGGUUCAUCAAUAGCCGAGAGCCUCUGGAGUGACGAGGAGCGCCCGCGGUGCCGCCGCUGCCAGUCCAAGCAGCUGCCCUGCUCCCGGCCUACCAAGCAGACUGUCUUCAAGCACGGCUCCGUCGCGAGCUUCUCCAAGGACCAGAAAUGGGUCAACAGCGCGGCCCGGCACUUCCGAUUCCACCCCCGGGGCGGCGCCGCCGAGCGAGGCAGCGGCCCGGACAGCAGCCCGGACGCGACGAUGCCGCCGCUGCGCACCGCGUCGCUGACCUCGUCGUCGCAAAUCACCGACGCGGGACACGGCGCAUACGCGGAGAUACCGCCGCCGCAGGACGCGCGCUCCAGCCACGGCUCGCCGGGCCACUCGUCGCCGCCGCACUCCCACUCGCCCAUGGACACGGACUACUCCCGUCCAACGACGACGACGUACGACGGCGCGUCCAGGGUUCUCCCCAGCCUGACGCACUCCGAGAGCUUCCACACCGAUUCGGGGCCCGACUACACGCCGAGUCUGCCGCCAACGAUUCCGUCCAUCUCGUACCUCACGUCGUCUGCGAGCCACUUCUCGCCGCGGUUACAUGACAGGACGGCGGCGGUGGGGGGCCAUGCCGUGUCGCCGCCGCCGCCGUUGUAUAACCCCGAGUCUCCCAGGGUUGUUCCUGCGUCGAGCGUGCCCGUCUCGCAGCCGCAUGCUGGCUCACAUAGGCAGUUUCCGCUGCAGGAUGUUCAAGAGGCGUGUCUGUUGCGAUACUUUAUCGAGGAGAUAUCACAUUGGUUCGACCUCUGCGACGAGGACCGCCACUUCCAGCUCGUCGUGCCCGUCCUCGCGCGGCAGCACCCGCACCUCCUCGACGCCAUCUUCGCCGUCGCCGCGCGGCACCUCAGCCGCCUGCCGCAGUACAAGACGGGCCCGCGCGGCGCCAUCCUCUACCACGGGCAGGCCCUGCCGCACCUCGACGAGCACGCCGCCGUCGAGUACAUGCUGCGCUGCAUCCCCGCGCUGCGGCAGUUUGACGACGCGCGCGCCGCCGACGCCGACUACCGCGACAGCAUCAUCGCCACGGCCGUCAUCCUGCGCCAGCUCGAGGAGAUUGACCACGAGGCUGACGAUGGUGGUGCAAGCGGCGGCGGUGACGGCGGCGGCGGCGGCGGCGCGCGCGAGCACCAGCAGCGGCAGCAGAGGCAGCGGCCCGUCAACUUCCUGGCCAUCAUCGACGCCGUGCUGCGGAGCCUGCCGUCGCGCGACGCCUUUCGCCAGCGCAGCGUCAUGCAGGCCGCGUACUGGAUGGCGCUGCGGCAGGAAAUCUUCAACUCGUUUACGCGCCGCGAGGCGCCGCAGCUCAUGCUGCCGGCCGAGUUCUGGCACAGCGCGUCGCGCGCCAACAAGGUGGUGAUGCACCUCGUGCAGUGCGCCAAGUGGCACUGGGGCGACGGCUCGGACCACGAGUGGAUGCGGUUGAUGAAGCAGCAGGAGCUGCUCGAGCACGACAUCCUGCCCGCGUUCCAGCCCCUAUAUCAAAAGUCGGCCGACAAGACCAAGGGCGAAAUCUUCCCCACCAUCUGGUACGGGAGCAACAUCGAGGUGACGAGCGUGCAGCUCGGGCUCAUAGCCAAGUCGGUCCUCGUAGCCGAGAACCCCUUCCUCAAAGCGCAGUCGGCAUCGCGGGCGAGCUGGCGCAAGGUGGAAAACGAGGUCCGGCUGCUCCUCCUCGAGCUCUGCGGCAUCGCGCUCUGCAACCCGGCGUCGCCUCCCGCGCUGGUGCAGGCGGCGCUGGGCAUCGGCAUGUACGCCGACUUCUUCACCGACCAGUACGAGAGGCAGGCCAUCCGCGGCGUGGUGGAGCGGUAUCGCGACACCCACGCCUGGCCGGUGCAGCGGCUGCUCGAGAUGUUUCAGUGA